AUGUAAGCAGACAACCGUGUAAAACGAACGACACAACCACUGAUAUUUUUAUUGUAUCAUUAUCUAAGGAUCAACUCUCUUUUCUCUCUUUGUUGGCUCAACUAAGCUCACACAUCCAACAAUGGCAACGUUUCUUCAUCUCCCAUCACCUUCUUGUUCUUCUUUACUCACCAACAAGGAGAGAUAUAGAUUUUGCAGUCUUGCUUCAAUUCAGUCACGUAAAUCCAAAGAGUUCAGAGUUAGAGCUGUUAGAGAGAAAACUGAGGAAAUCAAAAGCCCCUCCAAGACAUCUUCCCCUGAGGAUGUCACUAAGAAGUAUGGUCUUGAAGCUGGUCUUUGGAAGAUUUUUAGCUCAAAGGAAGAAGGGGAGGAACAACAGAAAUCUAAAGGGGAUCAAGCCAAGGAGUUGCUGGCAAAAUAUGGAGGGGCAUACCUUGCCACCUCCAUUACUCUGUCAUUGAUUUCUUUCGCACUUUGUUAUGCACUAGUCAAUGCUGGAGUAGAUGUUCAAACUUUGCUUCAGAAGGUAGGAAUCAAUACUGAUGCGACCGGGGAAAAAGUUGGUACCUUUGCUUUGGCUUAUGCUGCACAUAAAGCUGCAUCACCAAUUAGGUUUCCACCCACAGUAGCACUUACCACAAUUGUAGCUGGUUGGAUUGGAAAGAAAGCUGAGAAAGAUAAGUAGAUAAUAGUGGUACCAUCAAAUACCAGUGUUUUUAUUGUAGUAUACUACUUGUAAUAUAUUUUAAUUUCCAUUGCCAGAGGAACAUUAUUUCCACACUCGUGGACAUGUAAAUCCAUUUUGUUGUCAACAAUAGCUAAAGUGAUGUUAAAUAAUAAACAAUCUUUAUCUACCAA